AUGAGUGGGGACUGGGGAUAUGGCACUCUAUUGAAGAUAUUUGUUUGGGGCUAUCUUCUAGGAGGUCUGACGCUCUUACCGGCCGUCGCCGCGCUGGCGUGGUUCUGGUUCACUGCAGAAGUCAAGCAUGAAGGCCUCGAGCAACCACAGACUGGAGACAUUUCGGGCCACCGGAGGCAGUCCAAUGGCUCGACUCACAGCAGGCAUGGCAACGACAACAGUUUGGGAGUGGGACUGGACGAGGAGAUCCUGAAGAAGCUGAAGAGGCGGACAGAUGAGCCGGAUACCUUUGCUGGCUAUUUUGCUGUGUGCCGCGAAUAUGUUCCGGGCGGCGUCAAUGGCAAACCCCCGGACCGCACCACACCCGCUGGUGCAGUUGUAUCAAUGGAGAGUCCCAGUGUUUAUCAGUCCAUGUACAGGAGCAUAUUCGACAGAAACAAAGCUGCAAGCCCUUCUAUUGAUGCUGCAGCGAAUGCCAGGAACAAGAAAGCACGAAACGUCUUCUAUGUAGUGCUACGACUUGGCCACCUCAUGCUCUACGACAACGAAGACCAGAUCGAAGUCCGCCACGUCAUUUCCCUCGCCCACUACCGUACCGAUGUAUACGCUGGGGGAGAAAAGAUACCUGAGGGAGAACUGUGGAUCAAGCGAAACUGCAUUCGACUGGUUCAAGACCAUGAGGGCGACAUUGCCGAUGAGACCAAGUCCUUCUACCUCUUCUCCGACAACUGCUCGGAGAAGGAAGACUUCUAUCACGCUAUGCUGCAAGCCCAGGAUCACCACCCUGACCACACAGAUCGUGGUACCCACCCGACUCCCCUCAAGUUCGAUACUCCGGACCUCGUAAAACUGGUCCAGCAGUUACAUGCUUCGGAAGAGAACCUGCACACUCGAUGGAUCAAUGCCUUGAUAGGCAGAGUAUUUCUUGGGCUUUAUAAGACCUCGCAGGUCAAAGACUUUAUUGCUAACAAAAUCACGAAGAAGAUCGCCCGUGUGCCUAAGCCAGCGCUCAUCAGUAGCGUCACCUUGCGAUCUAUCGACAUGGGCACUCUGCCACCCUUCCUCACGAAUCCGAAACUGAAAGAGCUCACAGUCGACGGCGAACUUGUUGUGGAGGCAGACAUUAGUUACAAGGGCAACUUUCGCAUCGAAAUUGCAGCCAUUGCACGAAUAGAUCUUGGUGCUCGCUUCAAGGCGCGGGAGGUUACUCUCGUACUGGCCACUAUCCUCAAGCGGCUCGAGGGGCAUUUGCUCAUCAGAAUCAAACCUCCGCCUAGCAACAGACUCUGGAUAACGUUUGAAACCCCACCGCGAAUGGAAGUGUCAGCCGAGCCGAUUGUGAGCUCACGGCAGAUCACGUACGGCGUCAUACUCCGCGCGAUCGAAAGUCGUAUUCGAGAAGUCGUCAAUGAAACCCUAGUUCUACCCAAUUGGGACGACAUGCCGUUUACUGACACCCUCGCGCAAGUCAUAAGAGGAGGCAUUUGGGAGGAUGAUAUGAAAGAAAAAGAACAGGAUACGCAGAAGGCACAUCAAGACGACAUCGCUCUGGAAAACGCGACUAUAGAUGCCGAGAGACGCUGCUUCACAUUUAUCAAUACCAUCAAGCAUCCACUCAGAAAGCUCUACGACAGGCACAUCGUCAUCUGCCGAAUUCCGAACAUCAUCUGCCAGACCACGGCCAAUGCGAUCAAGCUCAUCAGCUGCACAACUUUCGCAAGCACAUCUGAAGAAGAUGCUUCGCUACCUUCGUUGUCUGCGGAAGCUUCUGAUUCUCCUUCACGCGCAACUGCAGCCAUGGACAAUCUCCACGCACGGGCAAAAUCGAGAGAGCUGACCGCAGAAGAUAUCGCAUCCGCUGCAGCAGCUGCCGCGGCCGCGACCAGUGCACACGCGUCGGCAAAGAAGACGACAUUCAAUCAGUCUCUCAACACCGCAACGGCAGCCGCAAGAAACUGGCUAACAUCAAAACAAAACGCCCAAACAGCUCGCAGAGCCAUCAAUUCCAACCACCAAAGAAACACCAGUACAGACGUCCGGCCCAUGACUGCUGAAGGCCCCAAAAUCGACAUCGAACCUACACCAGACACACCCCCUUCCCGCCCAGAACUCCACACUGCAUUCUCCAAAUCCCACACCGAACCCAUGGGCCGAGGUCAACCCCUUCCACCACCGGGCACACCUCUCCCACGCCCCGAAAAGCGCCAAACAUGGGCCAUCCCCGCCGCUGCCUCGACCUUUGCCAACAUCGCCAAGCGCAGACCCGUCAGCAACACAGGCCUCAACGAAAAGCGCAGCAAAGAACACUUGCACUCCGCCAACGCUACGCCUCAGGCUGCGUAUUUCCCUGAGGGUACAGACAUGGCGCGCAGCACGUCGGACGACUCGAGUGGUGGCGCCUCCGCCGUUGCCCAAGAGGAGGCAGAGACAGCCGAGUCUGCAGCACAGGCGGCGGGGCAGCCAGAUAUCGCUGGGUGGUGA